AUGGCACGUGCGUCGACCUUUCUUUUGACAAUAACAAGUUUUAUUCUCACUUCGCUUACCGUUGGAAACGCUUUUUUCCAGAAAAAGCAAUUUUAUCCAUCUGUUGUUUAUAUUACAAAAAGUAGUCCUUCCAUGGCAGUGAUGUAUGUACAAGGAUUAGUGAUUGCAUACAUGAUUUUUCAAAUCGUUAGGAAAAUAUUUUUCGGUGAAUUACGUGCCGCUGAAUAUGAGCAUUUGUCGGAGAGAACAUGGCAUGCGAUCAUGGAGACGUGUUUGGCAUUUACUGUGUUUCGUGAUGAUUUCUCACCUCGUUUUGUAAUGCAAUUUGUUUUCCUACUUUUUAUCAAAUUGUUUCAUUGGCUUAGCGAAGAUAGAGUGGAUUUUAUGGAGCGAAGUCCAAUUAUAACUGUAUUAUUCCAUUGCAGGAUGAUGUCAUUGCUUGCCUUUUUGAGUGCUCUGGAUAGCUAUUUUAUAUCACAUGCAUAUUUCACAACACUCGUUCGCGGCGCAUCCGUGCAAAUUGUAUUUGGGUUUGAGUAUGCAGUCUUAAUGACAGUUGUGCUGCAUGUAACGAUUAAAUAUAUUUUACAUAUGCAUGAUUUACGAAAUGUACAUCCAUGGGAAAAUAAAGCAGUUUAUUUGCUCUAUUCGGAACUCCUUAUCAAUUGCCUUCGUUGCAUUUUAUAUAUUAUUUUUGUGGCCGUAAUGAUACGUCUACAUACUUUCCCGUUAUUUUCAAUCCGUCCACUUUAUCUUACUAUUCGAGCAUUCCAUAAAGCAAUCAAUGAUGUUAUACUUUCAAGACGUGCUAUACAUGCUAUGAAUAAUCUGUUUCCACUAGCUACUGAACAGGAUUUAUUGCAGGGCGACAACACAUGUAUAAUCUGUCGUGAGGAGAUGACACCGGUUAGUGGAGCAAAAAAACUACCAUGCAACCAUAUUUUCCAUGCAAACUGUCUUCGUUCAUGGUUUCAACGACAACAAAGCUGCCCCACUUGCCGCACUGAUAUUUUAGCACAACGAAGGGCAGCACCAAUAACACUGGCAGCUGCAGGAGGAGCUGCACCUGUAGCUGGACCCAUUCAAGGACGACAAAAUGUUGGAGGAGUCCAACCUGCAAAUAAUGGCGGUGAAAUUCCAAAUAUGUUUCCGUUCAUGGCUCAGUUCGCUUUUCCUCAGCAACCACGGCAACAGCAACAACAACAGCAACAACCACAGGCUGGAACCAGUUCAGCUGGUCUACGAAAUAAUGAUGGCAACAGUGUACCUCAGAUGCCAUCCCCUACCUCCAGUUUCAAUAUGCCUCAGUUUCCAGCCACACCACCCGGAUUUCCAUUUAUGGCAGCACCACCAUUCGCGAUGCCUCCAAUGUUUCCAUUUCCACCGGUCCCCAGUUUUGUUGGUCUAACUGAUGAAGAAGUUGCUGCUAUGGAAGGAACCGAACGAGCAGCUAUCGAAGCACGUAUCAAUUGUAUUCGUAAUAUUGGUUUAUUGUUGGAUGCGGCCACAAUGCAGCUACAACAGUACAUGAUCAUAGUGCAGUCGUUCAGUGUUCCGACUUAUACAGCUGCAGCAACAAAUGGAGAUACGACUGCAUCACCCAAUGAUGCAACAUUAUCUGGAACUUCCGCAGCUUCUUCCGCUGUCGCCGAAAAUUCAGUUCAUGGGUCUUCGUGCCAUGAACCUAUUCUUAGCGAUAUAUCGGGAGCUAGUUCGAAUGAAGCCAAAUUGGGUAAGAGUUCGUCAAUUCCAGGUGUCAAUAGUACAGCAUCAGCUUGUUCUUCUGCAUCAACUACCGAGCUGGAUGAAAUUCGACAACGAAGGCUUCAGAAAUUUGGUCCUACAACAUCAUCAUUAUCAGAUAAUGGCAAUGAUUAA